GGCAAAUCUUUAGGAAGCCAUCAUUCCAGUGGUCCCAACAAUGCCCCACACCCCUCCAUCCGCCAGGAGCAACUAGUCCCUCCUGGCGCCGGAACACGGGUUGAAGAAACUCACGUGACUCUAAUACUCCAGUUCCGCACUACCGCUGAAGUUACCCGCACAUGUGCCGGCCAAUCACAGGCCCCCAUCCGCGCGAAGUUGUCCGGCACCCGUUGGACAACCAAAGAAAGUUGGUUGGUUGGCGCCGAGCGAGCGAGGAAACACUGGCAGGAUUUUUCAUAUUUAUUACCUACCACCACUUUUUUUUUAACUAGGAUUAGUUAAAUUUGAUAGUAUAAGAUGUUGUCAGCUCGUCCAGUCUUACGUUCUGCUGCUCGCUCAGCUACUGCCGUGGCUAGGGGUUUGCGUAUUGCUCGCCCAACUCAAUUGUCUGCCAGAAGAUUCGCUUCUGCCAAGGCUGCUCCAACUGAAGUUUCCUCUAUCUUGGAAGAAAGAAUCAGAGGUGUCUCUGAUGAAGCUAACUUGAACGAAACCGGUAGAGUUUUGUCCGUUGGUGAUGGUAUUGCCCGUGUUUUCGGUUUAAACAACAUUCAAGCCGAAGAAUUGGUUGAAUUCUCUUCCGGUGUCCAAGGUAUGGCCUUGAACUUGGAAGCCGACCAAGUCGGUAUUGUCUUGUUCGGUUCUGACAGAUUGGUCAAGGAAGGUGAAACCGUUAAGAGAACCGGUAAGAUUGUUGAUGUCCCAACCGGUCCAGAAUUGUUAGGUAGAGUUGUUGACGGUUUGGGUAACCCAAUCGAUGGUAAGGGUCCAUUGAACGCCUCUUCCUCUUCCAGAGCCCAAGUUAAGGCCCCAGGUAUCUUGCCAAGAAGAUCCGUCCACGAACCAAUGCAAACUGGUUUGAAGUCUGUUGAUGCCUUAGUCCCAGUCGGUAGAGGUCAAAGAGAAUUGAUCAUUGGUGAUCGUCAAACUGGUAAGACCGCUGUCGCUUUGGACACCAUCUUGAACCAAAAGAGAUGGAACAACGGUACCGACGAAUCCAAGAAGUUGUACUGUGUUUACGUCGCUGUUGGUCAAAAGAGAUCCACCGUCGCUCAAUUGGUCCAAACUUUGGAACAACACGAUGCUCUUAAAUACUCCAUCAUUGUUGCUGCUACCGCCUCUGAAGCCGCUCCAUUACAAUACAUUGCUCCUUUCACUGCUUGUGCUAUUGGUGAAUGGUUCAGAGACAACGGUAGACACGCUUUGAUUGUCUACGAUGAUUUGUCCAAGCAAGCCGUUGCUUACCGUCAAUUGUCUUUGUUAUUGAGACGUCCACCAGGUAGAGAAGCUUACCCAGGUGAUGUUUUCUACUUGCACUCUAGAUUAUUGGAAAGAGCUGCUAAGAUGUCCGAAGCUAACGGUGCUGGUUCCUUGACUGCUUUGCCAGUUAUUGAAACCCAAGGUGGUGAUGUCUCCGCUUAUAUUCCAACCAACGUUAUUUCCAUCACUGAUGGUCAAAUUUUCUUGGAAGCUGAAUUGUUCUACAAGGGUAUCAGACCAGCUAUUAACGUCGGUUUGUCCGUCUCUCGUGUCGGUUCCGCUGCUCAAGUCAAGGCCAUGAAGCAAGUUGCUGGUUCCUUGAAGUUGUUCUUGGCUCAGUACAGAGAAGUCGCUGCUUUCGCCCAAUUCGGUUCCGAUUUGGAUGCUUCCACCAAGCAAACCUUGUCCAGAGGUGAAAGAUUGACCCAAAUCUUGAAGCAAAAGCAAUACAGCCCAAUGGCCGCUGAAGAACAAGUCCCAAUCAUUUACGCUGGUGUUAACGGUUUCUUGGAUGAAGUCGCUAUUGAAAGAAUUGGUGAAUUCGAAGAAUCCUUCUUGUCUCACUUGAAGUCUGACGCUCCAGAAAUCUUGGACGCUGUCAGAGAAAAGGGUGAAUUAUCCAAGGAAUUAUUAGAAAAGUUGAAGUCUGUUACCGAAGCUUUCGCUGCUUCUUUCUAAGUCCAUACUGGCAUAUGAGGUUCACUUAAUGUUUACUUCUAGAAACAUAUGAAUAUUAUUCUACUUAGAUGACGCAAGCAUUGAUUUGACUAUCUUGGACAAACCAAAAUGAAAAGACAUAUUAUUAACUGUGCUAGCAUUCUAGCGAAGUGUAAGAUUGUAGCUCUGCAACUAGUUCUGUGGAUAGCAGAUCCACGAUGUCCGUAAGGUGCCCACGGGAAUCAUGGCAAUGUGGGGCACAUCUUGGCAAUAUCUUCAUUCUGGCUGGUAACGGGUGCCAGGAUGUAGGCGGUGCCCCACCGUCUCGGUUCGGCAUG